GCAGUAAUAUUACUCACAUGCAGUAUGUGGAAGAUAAAGGAGACGAACAGGGCAAAAGCAAAAGCAUCCAGUCCGGGGAGUGAGAGAAAAGCCCCAGCUAUAUAGAAAUUUUAUCCAUAUGUGGGGGAAUCGUGAUCACUCGGAGCAUACCAGAGGAACGAAUCAGGCAAAUCGCAGCGAUGUGGCUGGUCAUGGAAUGAAAAUAGUGCUAAGGAACUGGUCGCGGUAUCAGUUUGCCUCUCGUCGUUCUGCAGUGAAGAAGACUGGUUUCACCGCUUCUCUGUGCCGCGCGUACAAAUUUCUGUUUACCUCCGGAGAAAAGAUUUAUUUUUAAGUCUUUUUUUUUACACACAGUGCAGAACUUUCUUUUCCACACACGGCUUUUUGUUACAACUCGAACGUUAGAUAUCGGCAAGUAGGAGCGCACUCAUUCGUGGCGCAUUCUAGAUCCUACUACCAAUAUUAGGAGGAUCGGUAUAUACUGAAAAGAAGGCAAAAGAAUGGGAUUGAAUAAGAUGGAAAAAUGGAUUCCGGGAGCACGUUGGCUCCGCGGCUACAGAGGCCAAGAUGCUGUAGCGGAUGUAAUUGCGGGUGUCACUGUGGGUCUCACAGUGCUACCCCAAGGACUCGCUUAUGCUACACUUGCGGGCCUGGAGCCGCAGUAUGGACUGUACUCGGCCUUCAUGGGUGGAGUGGUGUAUGCACUCCUCGGUGGAUGCCGAGAAGUAACCAUUGGCCCGACGGCUCUCCUAUCCCUCAUGACAAGCCGCCACACGGGCUUAGGUGGUGAAUCAGGACCACAUCUCGCCAUCCUGCUGUGCUUCCUUGCUGGGAUUGUGGAGUGCAUGAUGGCCCUGCUUCGGCUGGGAGCUCUUGUGGAUCUCAUUUCAACUCCCGUCACUGUGGGCUUCACGUCAGCCACAGCUGUUAUCAUUGGGGCAUCACAGCUGAAGGGACUCCUCGGGCUCAAAGGUGGCGGAGGUUCUGGUUUCAUUGCAACAGUUCAAACAGUUUUCACAACAGCCGACCAAAUUCGUCCUUCUGACGCUGCUCUUGGACUCUGCUCCAUUGGAAUCCUUCUGCUGAUGAGGAAACUAAAAGACUUUAAGGCACCGGAAAAUGCAACGAAAGGAAGAAGAAUCUUCUGUGGAGCUCUCUGGCUAAUUGGUACAUCGAGGAAUGCCCUAUUGGUAUUUUUUACCAGCCUUGGGGCCUAUUUUGCCGCACAAUCCGGAAAGGCGCCUUUUAUUCUCACCGGAACCGUGCGUAGUGGCUUACCGGAUUUCGGACUUCCGCCUUUUUCAACCACUCGAGCUGAUACGAAUGGAACAUUGGUUGAGAUGGAUUUUAAGGACAUGAUAUCAGAAUUGGGAGCCUCAAUAGCUCUUGUACCCAUAAUAGCAGUCUUGGGUAAUGUGGCCAUAUCAAAAGCAUUUGGGGGGAGUGGAAUUGAUGCAACACGUGAACUUGUUGCACUUUCCCUCAGCAAUGUUUUGGGAUCUUUCGUGUCUUCGAUGCCUGUUACGGGAUCCUUUUCACGCAGUGCCGUGAAUCACGCCAGCGGCGUGCGGACACCAAUCGGUGGUAUCUACACCGGAGCCCUCGUUCUCCUGGCUCUUGGCCUUCUUACGCCAUACUUUCACUACAUCCCCCGUGCUGCCCUCAGUGCCGUCAUCAUCUCCGCAGUGAUCUUUAUGAUUGAGUACGAGGUAAUACGUCCGCUGUGGCGAUGCAGCCGACGCGAAUUACUUCCUGGUGCCAUCACAUUCAUCCUCAGCCUGUGGGUGGGUGUGGAGAUAGGAUUGCUGGCUGGAGUUGUUGCAGAUUUGGGUUUCCUCGUCUACCGAGCUGCUCGUCCCGCAUUAAUUGUGGAGAGAUCUGUGACUAUUUCAGGGGUGAACUACAUCCUCGUACGGCCACGACAUAGUCUCCUCUAUUUCCCAGCCAUCGAGUGGGUUCGUAAUGGGAUCUCCAAAGCAGUCAAGGAGCACGGAAAGGCUCCAGUUGUCCUGGAUUGCAGGAAUCUUCACGAAUUCGACUUCACAGCAGCUCGAGGAUUGGGGGAUUUGCACAAGGAAUUGGCAGCAUCAUCCGUAAGCCUGGUACUCCUGGGACCACCAAAGGAGGUGACAUCAGUACUAAAAGGGGCCAUAAGCACGAUAAUCUCAGAGGCGCUAAAUGAUGCAGAACUCGACCGACUUCUGCAGGAGCUCCUCUCUGAGCGGACAAAGAAUGAAAUGAGGGAGAUUGUUGUCCCUCUGCUACAUGGUAGUCAAGGAUGCGAAGACAGGAGCCAAUGACGCCGAAGUCAGACACUCAAAAAUGAGCCUCUCUGCUGAAAAUUUUACUUUUUCCCGCGCCACAAAGACUUCAUCACUACAAAAUAAUUCUUAUAUACUUUUGUAAUGUAUUAUUUGUUAAUGUUCACGACGAGAGACAUUCCUAUUGCAAUACGUUAUUGCUUAUCUUAUAAAAUACAAUGUCUUUCAUGUAAAUAUUUCAUAUGAGAAA